UGAGACUUCCCACAUGUGCUGCAUUCUUUGUUGAGUACUUAAGGGUCUCGGGCGCAUCUGGAGAAACUUAACUUUAAAUAGACUGGGAAGUUCACUGCUUACGAAUAGAUUUUGUCCUUUCACAUACACACACAAUUCAGGUCUGCUGAAUUGACAUUUAGCCCAUCUGGAGAUCGUGUUUAUUGGCAAGUAGAAAAGUUUAGAUGUUUGCAUGUGCAUCUUUGUGCAUAUGUUUGUGUUAAGGGGUUGGCUGACCACACCGGACAACCCCUUCCUGAGAAUACUGCUGUUCACAGACAGGAAGUCAAGACCAAGAUAAGGACGAUAAAGAAAGAGAGAACUUUUUAAGAAAUUUAUUUUUCACUAGGGGAAGAGAAAUAUAGCUUUAAAGAAAACAGGAGAAGAGAAAAGAAAAAGGCGAAGAUGGACGAGCUGAGGUCGCCUGUUUGAGUGGUAAAUGGAAACACAAAGAAGCAAGUGAUUGUGUAAAAGACACACCAAUGAAGAAAGCAGCUGUUGCAACCAAAGACUUCAAAAUGCCUAGUGGGAUGUUCCACAGAUCCAUCUAAAUCACUAAACCAGAGAUCCCUUGUUUCAUUUCCAGCCUUUUCUCCUUACUCUUAAAUAUGCACCAUGCUGUCCCCGGCUGCUGCCACAUCGCUUACCGUCAUCCCCAAACCCACAACUCCGUCUACUUUGCUUUCCGACUGUCCUUCCUCAUCUUCUGUAGAACCGGUCCAAUUGGUGGACAUUUCAGUUACCCCAGCUCCAGUAAAUCUCCAAAAAACCACCUCGCCUCCUUUGCCUCUUUCGCCUCCUUGCUCAAUUCGAAAACCCCCAAGUUCUAUACCACCUCAAAACUCAAAACCUUCUGUCCCUCGUCAUCACAAAGCAAAGGCUCCUAAGCCCACAUGUCCACCUCUCCCAGUGCAGCAGCCAUCAGCACUCCCCAAAACUGCUGCUACAGCCAUGCCCAAAGCUCCUCCAAGGCCAAUCUCCAAACCAUUAUCAUCACCUCUUCAGAGACCCCCACCACCACUCACUUCAAAAACUCCUGUUGUACCAUCCCCACCUGUACCAACUCAGACAUCAGCCCACCCUAGCAUUAGCAUCUUGGAGAAGCUGAUCAAAACAUGUCCAGUGUGGCUACAACUGGGAAUGAAAAAGGAAAAAGCCACUCAAAUACUCACCAAAGAGCUGCCUGGGAUCUUUUUAGUGAGGAGGGACCGUGGCCAGUCGUUGAUGGUGGUAUCAGUUCGUCUUCCAGACCAGCAUGGAGUUCCUCAGAUCCAGGACUUGCCUGUCAAUGAAGAAAAGACCAUGCUAUACCUUGAAGGCUCUGUCCUGGUUUUUGACAACAUAUUUAAACUCAUUGCAUUCUACUGUGUUAGCAGGGACAUUCUACCCUUUACCCUGAAAUUACCUCAGGCCAUCAUCAAGGCAUUUAAAUAUGAAGAUAUGGAAGUGAUCUCCACACUAGGAGUAGAAUUCUGGGGUUCAGAGCUGAAUAGUCACAUACGGGAAGAUUUGAAUAAAUCUGCAGACUGCGGUGUCUCCUCUGGAAAAGACCAACUUUGGUAUAUCAACCCGAUCUUCGUUGAGGAAUACUAUAACAGUCUUCCUCCCAACUCUCCUACACCUAUCCUGAGGUCACAAAGCAUUAACAUGCCUGUUCAGGCUCCACCAAAAUUCAAGAGGCCUCCACCUCUACCUCCACGUCCACUUACCAUUUCCGAAGAUGCACCGCUGCAAGUGUCAGCCAAGCCAGAAAGAGAGAAAUUCACGUCAGAGGACUCUUCACUUCUGUUGCUAAGUUCUCCUUCGCCUAUAGUCCAAAAAGAGGAAGGAAGUCAUUGUGGGCAUGAAAACGCAGAGAGAACUCUAUUACCCACUGCUGAGGCAGAAAUGUGUAACAAACAAGAUGCAGAGCAACCAUCUCUAAGUGAAGCAACUAAACAGGGUAGCAGCCCCAUUUCACACAAGAGUCCCCCAGUCCCACUCCGACGGCGGAUAUCAGAGAUCCAACCCACAGGAGAAGUCCAGCAGGAGCCUUUAAAGGAAACUAUCUGUACAUCUGCAGCAGCAGAGAUCACUGAGAAUCCGGGUUCUGCCGUGUCUCUCAUAUGCCUUGAUGACAGUUGCAUGGACCAAUGGGUGAGCGGGCAGUCUGGACAGUUUAAAAUAGCACAAGAGGAAGAUCUUGUUGAUCAAUUGAAAAUUUCAAAUGGAGAUUCCUCUGUGAACAUGCUUCCAGCAAAUGACAUGAAGAAGCCUGUGCCACCUCCUAGGAGAAAACGAAUACCCACGAUCACAACAACCCAAAAUGCUACCAAUACCUCUGAAGGUGUUACCCAAGAGCUCAGCCACAUUACUCCACAGCCCGCUGCAAAGUUUCAUAACCUUGGGAUCAAUACAGACCACCCUAAAGUUUCAGAUGUGUCAUUAUUUGCCCCUGAAGGAGGUGCUCCCCAGCCUGAACAUGACUCCUACUCCACAAGCAGCACAGAGGAAGAAGCAGAUCCUAGCUCGAUGGGUGCCAUUGUAAAGAGGACACCCACUGUUAUACUAGACCGUGCUAAGCAACGGCUCUCCAUGGUGAACUUCUCCACCGUAUUCACAAGCUUCAUGAGUACUGACCGCAAGCUUCAGAAAAGGAUUGUGGAGCUUACUAGAGAUGGGAGCACAUACUUUGGUAACCUGGUACAGGACUACCGUGGUUUUACACUGGACACUAUGAAGAGGCAUUCCUCCAGUACAGAGAUGCUCCAAGAGAUCAGACAAAUGAUGACACAGCUCAAGAGCUAUUUGAUCCAAAGCACAGAGCUGCAGAACCUGCAGGAGCCAUCUAUUUAUUCUGAUGAGAAACUGGAGAUAAUCAUUGAGGCAUCACUCUAUAAAAGUGUUCUGAAGCCCUUAAGAGAGGCGAUAUAUAAUGGGCUUAGGGACAUCCACUCACGUGCAGGCACCCUAAAGAAGCUCAAGGAAAAUCAGCAGAUAUUGUUGGGCACCACUACCACAGAUUUGGGUGUAACCACAUGUGUUCCUGACUCACCUGUCAUGGAGAAAAUCCAAGGGAAAUUAGGAAACUUGCAUCAGGAAUACUCACCACAGAAGAAAAUAGACCUGCUCCUCAAGACCUGCAAGAUCAUAUAUGAGUCCAUGUCUGUUGGCUGCCCAGGGAAGCCUCAUGGUGCAGACGACUUCCUGCCUGUACUGAUGUACGUACUGGCUCGUUGCAACAUGACUUCACUGCUGCUGGAUGUGGAGUAUAUGAUGGAACUGAUGGACCCUGCGCUACAGCUUGGAGAAGGCUCAUACUAUCUAACCACCACAUAUGGUGCUCUGGAGCAUAUCAAAAACUACGAUAAGCAAGCAGCUUCCAGGCAACUGAGUUUGGAAAUCCAGGACUCUAUCCAUCGCUGGGAGCGUCGCCGUACUCUUAAUAAGGCACGCGCCUCACAAUCAGCCAUACAGGAUUUCAUCACUGUCUCUUUCUUGGAGGCAUGUUCUAACACCAGGACUCUGGGUGUAGAUCCCCAAACCACUGCUCGGGACUUGAGUGCCCAGUGCGCAGAGAAGUUUGAAGUGCAGGAUCCUGACACCUACUGUCUGACUAUGCUAGUAGACGGCCACUACCGACCCCUGACUCCAGAGGAGUUACCACUUGCUAUAAAAUCCACCCUGCACUGCAGUGAGCCACGCAAAGAAUUUUACUUUGUGUACCAGCACGGACGCUGGCCAGAGAAGGAACCUGACAAACAAAUACAGCAUACCCCUGAACCAACACCUGCCCAGGAGGAGAGUUUGAUCUGAAGUCUGAAUUACAAAAAAGAUUAUGUUUGCUCCUAUCACAGAAAAUAAAACACUCUACAACAUCACUAUCAUCAGUUAUAAAAAGCAAUUGAUUAAGUGGAAUUUUACUGUAUUUCCAUCUUGGCACCAAGUCUUCUCCAAAAUUGCACUUUGACUUAUAGUCAGUAAGAAUUAGUGAAGUUUUUGCUUUUAAAUAACCCCAUAAUGUAACUGAAAGCAAAAGGAAGUAUCUUUAUUCUAUACUCUAUGAAUGUACUUAAAGUUUAGGGGUUACAGCAGAAUUGCAUUUUAUAAGAAGCCUCUUCUUUAAUAGUAACUGUUUGAUAAACUUGUCAUUACCUUCUACUACACACAGCUGAGCAGUAUUCCUAAAAGUCAUGCAAACACUCAAAAACAUUUUGGCACUGGUUUGAUGAAUUGAACAGGAAUUUUUUUCAAAAAUUAAAAUUUGACAGUGACUUUUUUGAGUCACCAUGACAACGUUUACUAUGCACAGAUGCUGACAAAAACCCUUUCCUCACUCUAAUAGGGUAACAUUUUGGGUCUGUAUUUCAGAAAUCGAUUAAGGCUUAUAGAUUAUAUAGUUAUGAUUUUUCUUUUUCAUUGAAAUGCCACUCAUGUUUAAAUUAUAGGCAAGGCAAGGCAAGUCAAGUUUAUUUAUAUAGCACAUUUCAUACACAAUGGUAAUUCAAAGUGCUUUACAUAAAAGAAAGUAAAAUAAUCAUAAAACAAUAAGCACAACAUUUAAAAUUUAAACAUUGAUUUAAAAAUAAAAUUAAUACAAUUGAAAAGAGGAAAGGAUUAUACAUAGUGCAAUCAGUUUGGAUGUAGCACAGUGUUCAUUCAGAAACGAACAGCUAAAAAGAUGGGUUUUCAGUCUAGAUUUAAAUGUGGCUAAUGUUUUAGCACAUCUGAUGUUAUAGCACAUGUCAGAUUAUAGCUGACAAACCAGCAUAUUUUUUCAUCUGUAUUUUACCUAUUCUGUUUAUUUGUCUGUCAACUUUACCUGGGUCUUAAAUUUUGCUGUUGCCACAUUGUAUUGGUUUCACUUAAUAUAAUGUCUGCUCCUUAAUUCAGAUGUUCUGGAUAAUAGUUCCAGUGAUAAACAGUGAGCACACGAAUAAUGUUUGUAUGUAUGACUCGAAUCGCUUAAACUUUUUUAUAUAUGACUCAGGGUGAUUAGGUGCAUUUCCAAUAUGCGAUGUAAAUCAAUUGAAAUUUAUAACAAUUUAAAUCCAGCCACAGCAAGCAGGGUUUUUUUUUUUACUUGUACACCAAUAAAGUAUCCUAUCAUCA